UAUUAAAAGUUAUUUUGGUGAAAAAGUGAAGAUGAGCGGUGGUUACACAUGCUUCCAUUGUAAAUUAACAACAGACAACUUAGAAGAAGCUAGCUGGUUUAAAAUGUUAAAUCAUCAAUGCUUUCAAAAUAGUGUAAAUGUAUCAAUAGAUGACUCGAAUGUCCUGUACCUUGAAGGAGCACAUGAUUCACAAAACACUGAAGAUGUGACACAAGAUAUCCUCAGCGACUCCCAAAGUGGUAUACCAGAUGAGCCCCAAAGUGGUGCAUGGACGCAGGCCGCUGUACUACUACUCAUACAGCAGUAUGAAGAAUAUAAAGAGGUGCUGGGCAAGAAAAACUCCAUGAAAAAACAUAUAUGGCAAAAAAUUGCUAUGGCAAUGAAUGCAUUUGGACAUAAUUUUUCCUGGGACCAACUUCAGAAUAAAUGGAAAAGUUUGGUCCGAACCUAUAAAAGUGUGAAGGACAAUAAUAAUCGAAGUGGUCGAGACCGAAGUAAUUGGACGUACUUUGAAGCAAUGGAUCAUUUAUUAAAAAAAGACCCGUCCAUUGAGCCACCAAUAACCAUACAUAAUGGGAAUAUAAACAAACGUGCAAUUUCACCUACCUCCGAUAAUAAACCUUCCGAGGAUGGUAAUGAAAGUGUUGAAAGCGAUAGUGGUGCAAGUACUCCAGAAAGACCACCCGUGAAAAAGACAAAACACACUGAUGUGAAAGAUUUGCUUUUAAAGGCAAUUGAGAACAGUCAAAAACAACACGAGGAGGAAAUAGUAGAGAAGGGAAGAUUUAAUGAUCUUCUUGAGCAGCUUGUAACAAACCUGAGAAAAUAGUUUUCACAUUUAAUCUUUUUUGUGUUUUUAGAGUAAAAAUUUAUUUUUUGUGAAAAAAUACAAUACUUUGGAUAAGUUUUAUGUUCUUAUAGCUACGGUUCUACUUAAUAAAUCUAUACAU